AUGACUGUCUCACCAUAUCAAUCACUCAUCAAACCAGACACUGAUGCCGAUAGAGAGGUUCCAACCAAACCAUUCAACUUGUCAAAGAACAUAACCGAGAGAUUCUCAUUGAAGGGAAAAGUUACCGUCAUAACUGGUGGUGCAGGUGCCAUUGGAUCUGCAAUUGCUGAAGGAUACGCUCAAGCUGGCGGUGAUGUUGUAAUUUUGGAUCAUGCCCACAGCGACAACGGUUUGAGUAAGAGGUUAGCUACUGUCUACGGAAUCAAGUCACAAUUUUACCAAAUUGAUGUCACCAGUGCUGAACAAGUGAAAGAAGUCGUUGCCAAGAUUGAAGAAGAGUUUGGAACGAUUGACGUUUUCGUUGCUAAUGCUGGUAUUGCAUGGUACACCGGUUCUAUUCUUAAUGAGGACUCCACUCCAGAGAACUGGAGAAAAGUGUUUGAUGUCAAUGUCAACGGUGUCUUUUACUGUGCUAAAUACGUGGGUCAAAUUUUCAAAAGAAAAGGUUCUGGAUCAUUCAUCAUUACUGCCUCCAUGUCAGCCCAUAUCAACAAUGUUCCAAACUACCAAACUGCUUACAACUCAGCCAAAGCUGCUGUUAUGCACAUGGCCAAGGGUUUAGCUGUUGAAUUUGCUGGAUUUGCUAGGGUCAAUUCAGUUAGUCCAGGUUACACAAACACAUUGUUAUCGGCACCAAUACCGACUGAGCAAAGAGCCAAGUGGUGGGGUCUCACUCCAAUGGGCAGAGAAGCUGAAACUGACGAAUUGGUUGGUGCAUAUUUGUAUUUGGCUAGUGAUGCAUCUAGUUUCACCAAUGGUUCUGAUAUCAGAGUCGAUGGUGGAUAUUGCUGUGUAUAA